AUGGCAGCUCCAGCAAAGGCUGUCCAAGCCCUGCGCAAGUUCUCAUCCUGCGAUAUCGGUGACGCCCUCGUGAAACUCGGCCUCAAACAUGGCGGCUACCUCUCUGGACUAUCAAUGUACAGCCCGCGCCGAAUGAGCGGACCAUCCAAGAUCUUUGGCCCAGCGUACACGGUCCGCAUGGUCCCAGCCUCCGACAAGACCUCUCCGAACCCACGAACGCACUUCGCCGACGCAAUCCCCAUGAACAGCGUUGUUUUUGUUUCGCAACCGAAGGGCCUGAUUAGUGCGUGCUGGGGCGGACUGAUGAGUACCCGUGCGCAAAAGCUCGGAGCUGCGGGUGUGGUGAUUGACGGGAAAUUUAGAGAUAUUGAGGAGCACAAGGCGUUGGACAUUGGGCUUUUUGCGAGGGGGAUCAGUAUCCUUGGGUCGAACACUUUUACUCGUUCGUCGGAGCUGAAUGUCCCGGUCGAGUAUGUGAACCACGAGAUCGAUGAGAAGGUGGUGAUUAAUCCGGGUGAUUAUAUCCUUGGAGAUUGUGACGGCGUCGUUGCGAUCCCGCCCAAAAAAGUGGAGGAAUGCUUGAGUCUGUGUCAAGAGCGGUAUGAGGUCGAUGAGGAGACGAGGGCAUGUCUGGAAAAUGGGGAGGAGAUAGGGAAGACUAUUAGAAGACUCCGAAAGUAG